ACCUGUUAAGAUAUGUAAGUGCCGCCGUGAACGUCUGUCCUUCUCAGGCUUUCCUUUCUGCUUACAGAGUACAAGUUUCAGAAGAGUUUGUUAGAAGUCCCGUAAAGAGCUGAACCAGGACUGGGGGCCACGCAGGAGGAAACGUUUUGGGGACCAGAAGUUAGGGGACAAUGCGAGUCCACGUGCACACGAAGUUCUGUUUCCUAUGUGUGCUCACCUUCCUCUUCCAUCAGUGCAACCACUGCCAUGGAGACGGACAUGGCCAUGGCCAUAGCCACGGUGGUGGACAUCACCAUGAUGACCACACAAACGCACACAGCGACCUGCAGAUUUCUGAGGCUCCAUACGUGAGAGGUACCACGGUGUCCCCGGCGUCCGAUAGUCCUCAAGGGGACAGCCUAGAGGAGGAGCAGCGCUUUUAUAUCCAGCAGUUGUUCAGGCGCUACGGCCAGAAGGACCGCUUAGAUUUCCAGGGAUUUCAGAGUCUGCUGAUGAGCUUGGGUUUGGGAGAAGUAAAGGUGGUAAGUGUUGAUCAUGAGGAUCUGGGUCACGACCACGUAGCCCACCUCGACCUGCUGGAUGUGCAGGAGGGGCUGCAUUCACAUUCAUCCACCAGUGAAGACCCCAACCAUGGCCACCGGCACGGCCACGGUCAUUCUCACCACAGGCCAGGCUCCCACCACUCACACACAGAACGAGCUCCCACAAAGUGCAGCCAGACUACUGUUGCCAGUCCGGCUGCUGGUGCUCCCACAAAACACGAUCACGACCAUGACCACGACCACGCUAAGGUAGAGGAUAGCCAACAUAAACAUUCUGAAGGACAUGUGCAGGAUACACAUGUCCACGACCACAGCGAUCACAGCAGUGGGGAUCAUGGACACGACCACAAUCAUACUCAUGAAGCGCACGCCGGCACAGACAGCGCUCCUGUCGACCAGGAGCAGCUGCCCUCUGCUCAUCUGGAGCCGUCCCAAGUACCUCAGGAGCUGCGGUCCUCUCCCGCCCCGACACAAAGCCGCCCCAAGAGGCCCAGGAAGACAACAAGGGGCAGAGGACAGCGAGGUCGAAACAAACCUUCUCCUUCUGUCACACCUCCAUCUAAUGGACACGACCAUGGACACGACCAUGGACACGACCAUGGACACGACCAUGGGCACGACCAUGGACACGACCAUGGACACGACCAUGGACACGACCAUGGGCACGACCAUGGACACGACCAUGGACACGACCAUGGUCAUGACCAUGGACACGACCAUGGACACGAGCCUGGACACGACCAUGGACACGACCAUGACCACGACCAUGGACACGACCAUGACCACGACCAUGACCAUGGACAUGACCAUGGACAUGAAGAUGGACAUGAUUCUAAUCACAAACAUGACCAUCCGCAUUCUAAUAAAGAUAAGAGAGAAGCACCAGGAGAACCUGCUGCACCCACUUUGCCGGCCCCCGCGCUGCCUGGACAUCCAGGGGGACUGUCGCAUCAGCAUGAGGAGUGUUUGAACCUCACCCAGCUCCUCACCUACUACGGCCUGAAUCCCGACGCGCUCAUCUCCCCGAGCCAGUUCACCUAUCUGUGUCCUGCCUUGCUCUACCAGAUAGACAGCCGCGUCUGCAUCCGCCAUUACCACCAGAUGGACGUGGAGCAGGAAGCCUUGGAGCCCGUUAGCUCCGUGUGGGUCUGGAUGUGGGGCUUCGUGUCCAUCACCAUCAUCAGCCUGCUGUCCCUGCUGGGCGUCGUACUCGUGCCAAUCCUCAACCAAUCCUGCUUUAAGUUCCUGCUCACCUUCCUGGUAGCGCUGGCGGUGGGCACGCUCAGUGGUGACGCUCUGCUUCACCUGCUGCCUCACUCACAAGGGCAGCAUGACCACAGCCAACCGGGGAGCAGCCACGACGCUGAUCUGGUGACAGAAUUUGACGGUGUGUGGAAGGGGCUAACGGCGUUGGCUGGCAUCUACCUCCUCUUUAUCAUCGAACACUGUAUCGGCAUGUUUAAGCACUACAAAGACCAAAGGGGCAUGAAGAAGGCGAGUGAGGAGGGCAAGAUCGGCAGGAAGUUGUCAGAUCACAAGUUAAAUCGUCGCUCAGAUGCAGAGUGGCUGCACCUGAAGCCACUCAGUGACGAUCCUGACAACUCAGCCGUCUCCUGCGACAACGGUCACAAUGACACACAGCUCUCAGAGCUCCAGACACCCGACUCUCCCACCACCAAGACCCCGCUGGCACCCACAAACCCCCAACAAGACCAGCAGUCGCCCACCAAGGAGAACGGUCGCAAAGCCAAGCAGCACAGACACUCGCACGGACAUGGUCACUCUCAUGGAGGGAACUGCCACUCAGACCAGGAGAUGAAGGAUGCUGGUAUAGCCAGCAUCGCCUGGAUGGUCAUCAUGGGAGACGGCAUGCAUAACUUCAGUGAUGGCCUUGCCAUAGGGGCAGCGUUCAGUGCAAACCUGACAGGCGGCAUCAGUACAUCAGUGGCUGUUUUCUGCCACGAAUUACCUCAUGAGCUUGGUGACUUUGCGGUGCUGCUGAAAGCCGGGAUGUCAGUGAAGCAGGCCAUUGUCUACAAUCUGCUGUCCGCCCUCAUGGCCUACGUUGGCAUGCUGAUUGGCACAGCUGUGGGCCAGUACACGCACAAUGUCACCAGCUGGAUCUUCGCCAUCACAGCUGGCAUGUUCCUUUAUGUGGCUCUGGUGGAUAUGCUGCCAGAAAUGCUUCAUGGGGACAGCGAGGACCACAAGCGCUGCCAGCUGGGACACUUUAUCCUGCAGAACCUGGGCAUGCUGACCGGGUUCGGCAUCAUGCUGCUCAUCGCCAUCUUCGAAGACCGCAUUGUUUUCGAUUUUGGCUUUUAGUGGAGGAGGAGGAGAGAGGACGCGAAGGAGGGGGAGAGCUGGAUGUAUCAGUGUUGUUCUUCUUGGCCUUAACAUGCUUUGUUUGCAAUGUGACGGCCCAGUUUUGCAUGCAGUGUGAGUCUCGUUCAUGGCCUCCAUUCCAAACAUGCAGCGGUAGCUUAUGCAUAUCUCAUGACUCUGCUAGUGAUGUUUACACUCUGCUCCUCCAUCACCUCUCUCGUGUCAGCUCCAAUCUGUCUGCUCCCUGGGAAGCAAAAAAAGAGGCUGAAUGACAGAAGAGCAAAAGCUGCGGCCCAACCAGAAAGCGCCUCCUCUGCUCUGAAACGCCACCUUUAAAAAAAAAAAAAAAAGAAAAAAAAAAAGCUGUAGAUAGCGAGGUGGUGCGGGGUAUGUGUUCCCGCGGAGAGGCAGCUAUCACGGCCCAGCAGCUCGCCGCCUAUCCAUCAUCACCUGUUGUUAAUGUGUUGUCGUCGUACUCCCCCCACCCCCUCCUUCCUCGCCUCUCAUCCACUCUGUGCUGUGUCCCGUCAUCCAUACCGCAUACAUCUGUGGCGUGUGUUCCACCUGCCAUCCAUCACCACCCUUCGAUGUCAUCAGGCUGUUUAUGAAACGCCUCUGUGCCAAGCCCCGGCCACUGGAGCAGCUCUAGAGCCACACCGCACACCGUCACAGUGUCCUUAAAGAGACCCUCGCUGCUACAUCUGGAACAAACCCUUUAACUCGUGUCGCUUCACCGGCGGAACGUUGACGGUGUCUGAGCUGCAGUGUCAAAAUAGAAAAGCGUUCCCCUUAUGGUACGUGGGAAAUGGCCUGGAUACUUCUUCUUUUUUUUUCUCUCUCCUGCAGUUUUCUUUAGUUAUUCCUUCAAAGUUGUGUUUUAUUGUCUAAUUACAGUUUUUGGGACCUUCUUACUUAAUAGUGAUGACUGCUGCUAACAAAGCUGCCAAAGUCUUUACAAAUUAGCAUUUACAGUGAUCAGUGUUUUUUUUGUUUGUUUGUUCGUUUGUGUCUUUGGUAGCUACACAAAUGUCGGACCAAUUUUUUUUCUUCUGGUACGGGUUCGACGAUCUGUAGCCAAAUGAGACAUAUUCUUGUUAGACCUUUUUUUUAUUUUACUUUUCUUUGUCAACUUCAAAAUGUGAAGUCAGAUAAACUAGCUCUAUUUGUCAUCAGAAGUGUUGUAGUUUACUAGAUUUACUAGGGUGCCUCUUUGAGUUCCUAGAAGGUGUUUUGUCCAAUCGGAGCGCCCUGCAACGGAAGUUGAAUUACAGUAGGAGGUUUAGGUGUCACAGGUAUCAGUGCAGAUCUCUUUUUUUUUUUUGGUACGAGGUCCAUAUAGUGUCAGUAGUUGUGGAAAUAACACAUUUUUGUUCCUGCUAAUAUUUUUUUUUUUCUAGUACUUUUGUCCAAGAAUGAUUUCACUUCUUGACAAUCGGAGACAGACAAAGCAAAAUCAGUAAACUUAAUGUCCCAGCAGAGCAAUAAACGUUCUGCUGCCUAAAGCUCCCUGCACUUGUAAUGGAUGAUUAUGAUUAACGAUUGGACAAAGAUUAUUUAUUGUGAAUAUGUUUUACAAGCAUUCCUGCGUGUUUCUGGGGGUGUAUGUGACAGUCACUCUGUUGACUGUUGAUUUUCCGUGGCUGGUGCUUGACACCACCUCUCCUCCUGCCCCCCCCCCCCUGCCCCCCCACCCCCCAACAUUCCAUUGGCUGUUCUGCGGCUCACAUGCUAAGCUACCUAACCUAGCUUCAGCUGCUAGAGCACACAGAUAAAGUGUGCCUUCAUUUAUCCGGUCACUGUGUGACAUCCAUCGUCUGUGUCUUAACUGGCUGUAAACCAUCGUCAGUCGACUCAUGUCAUUGUUCUGACUGAAUCAUGCAUGAAGCAUGAGUAAAACGGUACAGACAUUGUGUUGAGUGUAAUUUUUAUUUUUUUUUCUUUCUUUGUACUGCAAAGUUAAACUAUUGAUGACCUUUGUUACUUUUUAAAUUAACUGUGUGAAGAUCAUGGGAGGUUCUUUGGGGUGUAGUGUAACUGGUGCGAGCCUUUGAGACGAGUGACGCUGGUGUGAGAGCACGCGGCUCAUCAUCUGUAUGCUGUAUCUUUUUACAGGCGUGUUAUUAUUUCAUCUUAGGUUCAUUUUUCAUGCGAGCGCACCGAAACCUGAAUGUAUUUGUAUUCUAACAUCAAACGAAGCUCAUCGUUUGCCCUCUUUCAAAUAUGAAUUCAGUUGUAUCUUACAAUAUGAAUAAUGAAUGUUUAAAAGGAGUUUUUUUUUUUGAAAUCCUGCAUUACUUGUGUAAUUUAAAUCUAAACUGCCCUGUCGAGUGUUCAGUAAGAGCUGAUGACACUUAAGACACUAUGCCCCAAAGAUAAAAGUUUCCUCAGUGUUUAUUGGGCACAGACAGCCCAUGAUCAUUUUUUUCUUUGUUAUAUGUGUAUUUGUUUAGUAAUCUGGAUAUAAAAUGCAAAAUGUGACAUCCUUGCUGUCUGCCUGUCUGUGCAUUCUCCCCAUUAUGGAAGGAAAAUAAACUCUUGAAAAGAA